AUGAAGAGAUGGCUGGAGAAGGAGCUGCGCAAGGUGACAGAGAAAGCCGGCGCAGACUCCGUCAUCCUCACUGCCCUGGAGAAGCUGAACCGGAAGGUCUCGGGGGUCUUCGAUGCGAAGUCGGAGAAAGCGGAGGCGAAGACCCAAGCGUACAACGAGCUUCAAGAGGAGAUCGACAGCAUCGAGGAGGCCCGCGCGAAUCUGCAAGGGAACCUCGCCAGGUGGGAGGUGCGGGAGACCAACCUGCUGCAAGAGAUCCAGGUGCUCAAGUCUCAGCUCCGCGAAGGCCGCGCACCUCGCCUGGCCUUGCAGCAGGCGAAGACAGAACUGGACGCCGUGAGGCAAGACUUGCGCAACGCCAAGAAGGAGGUGACGCAGCAGCGCGGCGAGCUUCGGGAGACCCAGAACCGCCUGGAGAAAGCUCAGAAGUCCAUGGACAAGGAAGUCUCGGCUGCACGCAAGCUGCAGGAGGAACUUCAGGAUCAAACCAAGAGCCGAGAGGAGGCCACUGAUCGCCUCGCUCAACAAGCCCAAGUGGAACAGGAGCUGAGGCAGGAGCUGUGGAAGGUCCGGGAGGAGCUGGCGGAGCUGCAGAUCCGCGAGGAGCAGAGCCGGGAGGUCGCGGCGGAGAUGGAAGAGGAGAUUGACAACUUGCUUCGCGAGGCCAAGUCGGCGCAACAAGCCCUGGAGAAGGCUGCGCCGCGGAAGACCCGCCGCUUCUGGCCUUUCCGCUGA